AGGCGUGGACAGUCUUAGUGUGCGGUGUGCAGGUGGCUUCAGUGUUAUUAAAUUGAAUAAUUUCGUUCGAACACUUCAUAACAAAAAUAAAGAAUCUUAAUAUUAUUAUUUUACAUUUCCGUGUUAACAAGGAGCUUUGUAGCAGUAGCGCAGAUGACCCGGAAAUAUAACCGACAUGACACAUGAACUUAUGUGUAUACGGUAAUGAGUAGUUCACGUUUGCGAUGAAAGCUAUUGUUGCAGCAGAUUAUUUAAAAACUAUUAGCAGAAUUCGGUGCAAAUAGAAGGUAAAAAAUAGCUGCGUAUCACAAAUGACUUUAUGCCAAUUUGAGAGUGAGAAGACGAAACAAUCGCUCGUUAAGAAGCUCACAGUCUCAUUGGGUGAUAAUCGCUCGUUCAGUAGUGCAGUAAAGCAGAAAUGGAGUCCCAGCAGGAAGUGAACCCUGUAUUCCUGCAGCAGCUCAGAGAGUUGGACAUACCUGAGGAGGCAGCCAAGCAGGCACUCUUGCACACACAGAAUGUGUCUGCGGAGGAGGCUGCUAUGUAUUACUUCAACAAACUGGAGAAUGAGGAAGAGGGUGAUGAAGACCUGAUGUUCAAAAUGGUGUUUGUUGUAAAUAUGGAGCUGUCCAUGGGUGUGGGGAAGGUGGCGGCUCAGGUGGGUCAUGCUGCAGUGGGUUUGUAUCAGGCCUUGCAGGAGAAAAACAGCUGGAGGGAAAUGGCCUGGAGAUGGGACCAUGCUGGAGCUAAGAAGAUUGUGUUACAAGGCACUAACAUGGCACACCUUUUGGAGUUGCAGGCUCUUGCUAUGAGCCUCAGUCUUCCUACAAAGCUGGUACAGGAUGCUGGACACACACAGGUGGAGCCAGGUUCAUGCACUGUGCUUGCCAUCAUAGGAGAAGAGGAGAUGGUGAAUAAUGUCACAGGCAGUCUGAAACUGCUUUGAGGAAACUACUGUAAUCCCGAGGAAAAUGCUUCAAGUGUAGGUUUGUAAUGUACCACAGAAAGAACAGGGGCCAGUGUUUCCCCAAAGUAGCAUGGUUUUCCUCAAGAUUAUGGUGCACUCAGUAAUUUUUUGUUUAUAUUGUGAUGACUUACACUGACACCUAGCAACAUGGAUGCAUCUUUACGCAAAAGCAAACAGCUUCUGUUACUGACAACUAGGGGGUGGAUUAUAUAUACCAUUAUAUUAUGUACCGUUAUAAUUUUGUCAACCAGUAUAACUAUUUGCCUAUCGUUUCUAUUGUGGUUAUGCUAAUGUUUCCUGCAGUUUUAAAUCCCUAGCACCAUAACAAAAGUAACCAUAUUUUUCCUCCAGUUGUGAAUAUGAGUUUGCAAUUUGAAUUGAAUGUGCUGAAAAAGCAGUGUAUUGCAAAAUAACAGCAAGAGAAAAGGUCUUUCUAUUGAGCUGUCAUUGUUAGUGGCACACAAAACAACACAGAAUAUUCUGAUUUACAACCGACGUACAGUUGUCACUUAAUGUGAAAAAGUGAUCACUGAGUAAAUUACUUCACAAAUUGAGAACUUGGAUUAAAUGAAACUAAAUUAUAAUGGGUAAUUUUAUGUAGUCACAGUAUUGUCAUGGAAGGUUAUCUGAAAUGUAAAAUGGCUUCAGAACAAAAGAAAAUGUCAUCAUACUUAACAUUAUACUUAACAUACUUAAGUUGUAUUGUUUUUUCAUUGCUUGCCAUAAAAACACAAUACAAAGAUGAUAACUACAUUUAAAGAUUCACUGCAGUAUUAAUGAUGAAAAUCUAAAUUUUAUUGAUCCAUUAUUAUUUGGAAAUUGGAUUCAUAAAGAUUCUUGUUUUUUUUUAAUAAGUAGUUUUCAUAAAAACUAUGUUGUAAUGUAUAUUGGUUUAGAUAAUAUUGUUACAUUUUUUGCUUGUAUCGCACAUCCCCAUUAUUUAUUUAUUACUUAAUCGAAAUGGGGUAGGAGGUGAAUUACUGAGUUAGAAUUAGUAUAAUUUGACUGCUAAUGCAAUCUAUAUAAGGUGACUUUUAUUAAGACACUGAUAUUACUAUCUUCAUCUCAUAUAUCUUUUUUUUUUUUUUUUAUAUAUAUAUUACAAUUAAUUUAUUUUGUACAACUUUUUAAUGAAGGAAGAAAUUACUGAGUGAACCUGUGGAAAAAACACCUACAUACAGUAGUAUAACACAACGGAUAUGUUUAAAUUGCAUUUUGAAGCUCUUGAAUUAUGUGAGAAAACAACUAAUUGAUAUUAUCAAUAGGUCCCUAAAUUUCUAUAGAGCUAAAAAAGAGGAGAUGUGUCAAUUAAAUAGCAGUGUGUAAAAAUGUAUAAUGAAUUAUAAUCACAUGUAAGUGUUAUACUUAAUGUGCCUGUAGAACCCAAUGUUUCGAUGAUUGUGAAAUCAAAUAGCCAUUGUCAAAGUAUAAUGUAUAACAUGUUUUUUCUUUUUUUAUUGUGGAAAUAUUUUUUAUUGUUUACAAUUAAAUGUACCCAAUCCCUUUGUGAUGAUAAAAUCACCCUGUGUGUAGCUUUA